AUGGCUACCACAGCAGUAUGCAGCACCAAGCAGUACCCUCUGAGAGAGAGGAAGCGUACAGUUCAAUGGGGGGAAUCUGGGUCCGUCUAUGUGCUGGGCGUUUAUGAUAAAGCGUGUGAAGCGUACAGUCAGUCAGCAGUCAGUCAUUCAGUUCCCCAUCACUCUCCGCUGAACUCCGGCUGUCACCUCUCGAGUCCUCCGCGCCCCCGUCGCAUCGGCCAGGACAGCUUCAUUACCCUGUCCACCCACCCAAUUAGGAGCCAGAUGGCGCUUCUGGCCAAUCAAAUCAUGGAUGCAAGGAUUCUCAGCAGUAUGAACGGGAGAGCAGAGCUUUCCCAGUUCUUGAGAGUCACCAAUCAGAGCAUUGCCUCCCAGGUAAAUUCCACCCAGGAACAGGACAGCCGCAAGAACAGGAAGUAUCCCUGCCCGUUGUGUGGAAAGCGCUUCCGCUUCAACAGCAUCCUUUCCCUUCACAUGCGCACACACACUGGCGAGAAGCCAUUCAAGUGCCCAUACUGCGACCACAGGGCUGCACAGAAGGGCAACCUGAAGAUACACCUCCGUACUCACAAGCAAGGCAUUCUGGGUAAAGGCCGUGGGCGAAUUAGGGAGGAGAAUAGAUUGCUUCAUGAGCUUGAGGAAAGGGCGAUACUAAGGGACAGGCAGACGCGAGCUGGUCAUGUUAGCCAACAGCAAACAUCGAUAAUAAACCAACUUCAAAAGCCCCAACUGUUACAGACUGUCCCGAUACAACCCCCAUUCUUAACUAACUCUGGAGCUACAAAGAGCCAGCCACACGCAUCCACAUCCCCUAAGGUGACUCCCGUCCCUGAUGAUCCCAUCCAGCCCCAACCCAUCGGCUUCCGCUGCUCAUUCUGUAAGGGAAAGUUCAGGAAGCAGCAGGAGCUUGAGCGCCACAUCAGGAUCCUGCACAAACCCUAUAAAUGCACCUUGUGCGAGUUUGCUGCCUCGCAGGAGGAGGAGCUGAUCGGACACGUUGAGAUGGCGCAUAUAACUGCUGAUGCGGGCUUAGGGCAGAGGCCUGCGAUGGGGGCCGGUGACAAGAAGAAGCCCGCUGGCGAAUUCCCCUGCGAGGUGUGCGGCCAGACCUUCAGCCAGGCCUGGUUCCUGAAGGGUCACAUGAGGAAACACAAGGACUCCUUUGAGCACUGCUGUCAAAUCUGUGGCCGUCGUUUCAAAGAACCCUGGUUUCUCAAGAACCACAUGAAGGUCCACCUCAAUAAGCUGGCUGCUAAGCGUAAUCUCCCUGCCGAGCAUGACACCUGCGUUAACAUGAACAACCUAUCACAAGACCACCAGAGCACCCUCUACUCGCAGUACAUCACCCGCAUUCACAACAGGUUCCUCAUGGCUGAGAGAGCCGACCAUCAAGAUUACAACCAGAUACUUGCCACAGCAGGCGUUGACAUGAAAGUUAGGGAGAUGUUAGGGAGGAUGAUUUCCUCAGGCCCUUUGACAGAUGCAGAUUGUUCCUCUUUGCUGAGUUUAAAUCAUCUCCACCCUCCACUGAGCUCCACUAGCAUGGAAUAUCUGCAGAAGAUCACGUCAAACAGAGAUACACUCAGCAGCAGCAGCAGCUACCCAGGCUGGCAGAUCAUGACACCAGGGCUGCCUGUUGAACAGCAAAUGUUCGGUCCUAAAGACCAGCAGCAGUGCUCCUCCUACCUGACUGAGACAUGUGUCCCUGUAGACGAUGGGAAAGUGUGUCUCGGCGACCCAGACACUAAGGCCAUCAGCAGACCCGGUAGCCCAGGCAGCGCGAGUCAUCCUGGGCCAGAGAUGGGGAGCUCCCACUCUGGCAGUGGCCUCGACCAUCGACCACAGUCUUCUUCUCCAGCUACAGGUGAGAAAGUCUACAGGUGUCCACUCUCCAGUGACUACACCGCUGCACAGGCUGCCUCCCUUGGCUUCCAUCUGGAUCGCUACCACUUCCCCCACUGGCAAACAAGCAGGGAUCUUUCUUCUCCACUUCAGCCCACCAGCAGCAGCAGCUCCAGCCCCAACCCCAACCCCAAGCUCAGACCUAGAUCCAGGGAAGACUGGAGCCCAGCCCACUACCUUGGUCUGGAGAGCCACAGUGAUAACGCCCUGCUCAUCAACAACCAGUCGAGUGACAAAGAUGCAGGUGUAGACGGCCCUCUGUCUGCUCAAACCAGGAAGUCCCAGUAUGAGCCUUUAGAUUUGUCUGUCAGGCCAGAGUCUGUCAUGUCUCAUUCAGGCAUGUCUCCUGCUGUACUGGUACAGAUGUCUGGAGUUUUUAGUAAUAGACUCUCCUCCUCCAUUACCCGCCGGCUACAAAGUUACUCUAAUGCCGCAGCUGAGCUCGGUGUGAAACCUGCAUAUCAGCGUGACCUUUUGGUGCAGGGAACAAAAGAAGAGAUAAACACACAGAAUGCCAGCUCCACAGGUCACGACGGUGAAGGUGAAUUUGAGAAACCCGAGCAAGGGAGGGAGGAUGAAAAUGAUGAUGCUGCCAAGUGGAAGAUGCUGAAAAAUAAUAUCCUGGAGCCAGAGGAGCUGGGAAAGGCGGAUUUCCAGAGUCCUGGCGAGAAGAAGCAUGACAACCCGGGAACUUGGGGCAGAGCUGUGGCUGAAUGUCCCGUCUCCUCUCUGGAGAACUUGGCUCCAGGACAGGCAGAUCACCUCCAGCAUCAGGGCGGCCUGCUCUCCUACCUCAGAUCCCAGGGGAACCUGAGCAGCGCACCUGCCAGCGCACACAAAGCCAGUCUGAACGAUGGGGGGAACAUGGAGAAAGAUGUCGCAUCAGCUCGGAAGCCAUUCCAGUGCAGGUACUGCCCCUACAGCGCCUCCCAGAAGGGCAACCUAAAGACCCACGUCCUCUGUGUCCACCGCAAGCCCUUUGACAACAGCCUCUACCCGGACCGACGCCUCCGACGCUCACACACGCCCCAGAGGCCCUCCAGAUUGCCUCAGAGCUUCACGGGGGAUAACCGCGCACCAGGAAGAGACCAGAUUGGCAUGACAUCACUCUGUGGGACUUGACGUUGUCAUGGCAACAGCAGAUACAGACAGUUAUGAUUAUUGUUUUAGCUUCACCUCGAAGAGGUUAGAAUGAUUGGAUGAUUGAAAUUGUUAAAAAAAAAAAAAAAAAAGUUAACAACCAACCUUGAUGUAUAGUACAUUCCAGUGUUUACUUGAAGAGCCACAGUACGUAUAUAUCUGUAGCAAAGACGCUGCCUAUAAUAAUAAUAAUAAUAAUAAUAAUAAUAAUAAUAAUAAAGUCCAUUGUGAUGUGAAAGUGUA